UGUAAGAAAAUACAAUUUUCCGAAAGAGCAGCGCGACUUUGUAAUAGAAAUGGAACAAGGAAGAAGUCUAAUUUAAAGUUUUGGGGCAAAACAACUGGUGGGACGACGUGGCAAGUUAUUAUUGGAAGAAGGAUGGUAUACUUGACGUGGCGAUGGUACACCAAGCACACUCUUCCAUUUCUGUUAACGUUCAUCUUGCCGGAACAAUAAGAAAACAGUCCGGCUUGAAACUGCACGCGCCACUUCAUCUCUUCUUCCAAACAUGCGCAGGUUCUGCUACACUCUUCUCGUCGUACUUGCGCUCCUCCCUCUUUCUACACUCGCACGCCCAUUCGUCCUCAUCCUCACCCCCGACGACCUCAGUGACACCGCACCACCGUCCUCCGAAUCCGCCGCGGACAGCGGCGACACGUCGGACUGGGAUGAGUUCGGGGACUCCGACGCCAGGCUCGACGACGAGCUCGACCCGGGCUCCUGGCGCCCGAUCUUGGAGCCGGAUUCGGGUCCGGAACCAAAGACUGAGGAUGAGGCGGUGUACUACUCCGGCGUGGCGAAGAUGAUCGCUGCUGCUAGCUCUGGCGGACCGAGGGUCAUGGAGGAGGCGGCAUCGGAGAUUGAAGCGGCCGCGACAGCGGGGAACCCCCUUGCGCAGUCGGCGUUAGGGUUUUUGUAUGAGACGGGCAUGAUGAGGGAGAGGAACAAAGCCAAGGCGUUUAUGUAUCAUUACUUUGCUACCGAUGGCGGUAACACGCAGUCUAAGAUGGUUCUUGCCUACACUUACUCGCGCCAAGAUAUGUAUGAUAAAGCGGUUGAGCUAUAUGCUGAAUUAGCAGAAAUAGCUGUGAACAGUUUUUUAAUUUCGAAGGAUUCACCAGUGAUUGAACCUGUUAGGCUCCAUAAUGGAGCUGAAGAGAACAAAGAGGCCCUGAGGAAGUCUAGAGGGGAGGAAGAUGAAGACUUCCAGAUCUUGGAAUACCAGGCUCAAAAAGGGAAUGCAGCAGCUAUGUAUAAAAUUGGGAUAUUUUACUACUUUGGAUUGAGAGGAUUGAGGCGUGAUCGUGCCAAGGCAUUGUUGUGGUUUCUAAAGGCUGUGGAGAAGGGGGAGCCAAGGUCCAUGGAACUUCUUGGGGAGAUUUACGCAAGGGGAGCUGGUGUUGAGAGGAACUACACUAAGGCGUUGGAAUGGCUAACGCUCGCAUCCCAACGACUCCCUUCAGCUUAUAACGGGAUGGGGUAUUUAUAUGUGAAAGGUUACGGAGUGGAAAAGAAGAACUACACCAAAGCAAAAGAAUACUUUGAGAAGGCUGUUGAUCAUGAUGAGGCUGGUGGGCACUAUAACCUAGGUGUAAUGUAUCUCAAAGGAGUUGGAGUAAAAAGGGAUGUGAAGCUAGCUUGCAAUUAUUUUAUAAUGGCAGCUAAAGAAGGGCAGCCAAAGGCAUUUUACCAGUUGGCAAAGAUGUUCCAUACUGGUGUGGGGCUUAAGAGGAAUCUUCCUAUGGCUACUGCAUUAUACAAACUAGUUGCAGAACGGGGACCAUGGAGUUCCUUGUCUAGAUGGGCACUGGAGUCAUACCUAAAAGGUGAUGUGGGGAAGGCGUUCCUCUUGUACUCUAGGAUGGCUGAGCUAGGCUAUGAGGUGGCACAAAGUAAUGCUGCAUGGAUUCUUGACAAAUAUAGGGAACGUAGUAUGUGCAUAGGAGAAUCUGGAUUUUGUACAGAUGCAGAAAGGCUUCAGCGGGCACAUUCUUUGUGGUGGCAAGCUUCUGAGCAGGGUAAUGAACAUGCUGCUUUGCUGAUCGGGGAUGCUUAUUACUAUGGUCGGGGUACUGAGAGAGAUUAUGAUCGAGCUGCAAAGGCAUACAUGCAUGCCAAGUCCCAAUCCAAUGCACAAGCCAUGUUCAACCUUGGGUACAUGCAUGAGCAUGGACAAGGACUUCCAUUUGAUCUUCAUCUUGCAAAGCGUUACUAUGAUCAAGCCCUAGAGAUUGAUUCUGCUGCAAAAUUGCCUGUUACAUUGGCUCUUACGAGCUUGUGGAUACGAAAGAACUAUGCCAGCAGUUUCCUAGUUGACUUGGUCGAUUCACUGCCUGAAGUCUAUCCAAAAGUGGAAGCAUGGGUGGAGAAUGUGAUCAUGGAGGAAGGAAAUGCAACAAUUCUCACCCUUUUUGUCUGCCUACUGACAGUCCUUUACCUUCGUGAACGACAACGUAGGCAUGUGGCUGCUGCUCCAGAGGCAGCCCUGCCACUCCUUCCCAAUGAGCACGGUGUACUUGCUGCACCCCAUUAAUUAGUGGGACUGAUGCUCUUUAAAAAUCAUGAGAUUGUUAUUGCAGUCUCCAUGCAUGAAAAAAAGGUAAAGAUUUUUAUUGAAGAAUUAUGUAUAGGUGUUUGUUUUGGUGUCACCAAAUUGAGCUGUUGGUUUUAGGUAGAUUGUACAAUAGAGAGACUUGGCAAGGAGGAAAUAAGAGAUGAUCUUUGCCUCCACAUCAGAACCCAGUAUUUAACAUAGAUAUGGCACAUGUGAACUGCAGUUGUGGGGGGUAUGUCUCCAAGUCUAAUCGUGGUAUCCACAUUCAUUUACACCAAAAAUAGAAAUGAGCAAAGUAAUUCAUUGACA